AUGCCAAGCACAAGAACCAACACCUCCAAGAAUCAAUCUACCAAGAGAAAACAUGAAGAAUCAACAAAUAUCACUGAUUCCGAACCACAAACAAAAAAUAGAAAAAAAAAUAAAAAUCGUGAUGAGCGUCAUGAUGAUCAAGAAAUUGACAACCAAAGCAUUGAUGUCCUCUCUGCCAAAACCAACUCAACAACAACCAACAAGAAGCAAUCAAGAAGAGAUCAAUGGUACGCUUACGAAUCUAGUGUAUAUCGCAUUGAUGUGUCCCUCCUGUUGAGUAGACAUGUAACUCUCUCGCUGACAGACAUUUUAUUUGAUUAUCAAAAGAUUAGAGAUGAAACAAUCAAGGUAAUUUUGCAGAAUUAUGAAGAAACUUUGAUGGUAGAUGUGAAUAAUCCUAAUUGCCAUUCAAUGAUGAGUCAUGGUCAGUUGCAUCUCAAUGAAAGCAUUCAAUAUAAGAGAAAUCAAUGCAAAAUUAUUGAAGAUGAGAAAUGUCGUGAAGCUUACUUGUGUGUUCACUCUAAGGAAUUCACCAAAGAUUCAGUCAAGAAAGCUGACGAAACGCUCAUGUUUUCAUGUGAUGGAUGGUUAAUUUACAGAUGUGAUAGAAUGAAGGGAGACACCCAUGCCUUCUCCACAAUUCAUGGCAAGAUGAUUGGUGACAAGAUCAAUACUAAAACUUUGUAUUGGUUGGGAAUUCAUGAUUCUCAUUGUACUAUUAGAAAAAUUGAAUGGGAAAUUAAGGAAAUUGUUGAUAAGAAGAAAGAGAAUUUUCCAGAACCAGCAUCCAAGAAGGAAAUUGAACAAGAACUUGAAAAGCUAAAGGCAACACCUACCGACUAUUUCAUUCCAAAUAGAGUGUUGGUUGUCGAUUAUCCCUUCAUUGAUGCAAAUAGUGGUGUUCAGGGUAAUUUACAAUUUCAACCGCCACAUGCUCAAACAGCUUUCCAAGAAUCACCAAUUCAAGAUAAUGAAACCAAUCCAACCAAUUUACCUUUCCAAUCGGAUGGACAUGGAGAAUGGACAGAUAACUCAGAAACCAUUCAAUCGGGAGAUGAUUUUGAGAAUAAGAAAAGUCCUUGUCCAUGGGGAAAUGAUAUGUAUAGUGCUGUGUUAUCACCAAUUCAAGAUAAUACCCAAACUAUUUUACCUGCCCAAGUAGAUUGCUCUGGAACAGAAGAACCUGUAGCCAGUAAUUUUGAUCUUUUACCGAUUCUAGACGAAUUCGAUAGUGAGAUGAAGUUACAAUCUAGCGAUCUUGUUGAUAACAUACUAAAUAUUCUUUACUGUUGA